GUACAGUCACGAAAUUAACAACACGUGUUUGUGUUUUGGGUUAGAGUUCACCUACCUAUUGAAGAGGGCAUGAUGUUGUAUGAGUUGUUGUUCAAUUAAAGUCAUCUUGUGUGAAAAUGGAAACCAAGGAGUGUAUAGAAUGUGGUGCUUCCGAUUCAAAAUAUAAGUGUCCAAAAUGCUACCAUAAAUAUUGUUCAGUCACAUGUUGCAAGAAGCACAAAGAGUCUUGUACACAAGUAUCAAUCAAGGACAAACCACCAGCAAUUAGUACAACCAAUCUCGUAGUUGAAAAGCAAGAAAAAGAAGAAAAUGAUAUAGAGAUUGAAGAUAAAGUACCUGAUGAAAAAUUAACAUUGUUAGAGAAAUCAAGCACAAUAAUUAAACAACUUGAAAACCCUCAUCUUCGAAAUAUGUUGCUAAACUUGGACUCAACAAAUGACAAAAUUACUGGGAUAAGCCAGGCAAUGCAGGAACCAAUUUUUACCGAGUUUGCAGAUGCAUGUCUUGGAAUCGUUGAAGGUCCACCUCAACAAAAAAUCUGAACAGAACAUUUUAAAAAAAAGUGUGAUCUUGUAAAUUCAUAAAUACUUGUUGAUUCUGGAAGCUAUUGAUGUGGUUUUGUGCUUGAUUGUUUUUGACCUUGAGGAAAUUGUUUGCAUUAUUGUCAUGUAUGGGCUCCUUGUUGGCCUGCAUAUAUAUUGACCUUUCCAAAGUGUCAAUCAGACUGAACAACUGACAAAUCAAAACAAAAAUCAAAGCCAAAACAUUUUGAUUGACAGCCAGGAAUAUUCACACUUCCUACACACAUAAAAGUUUAUGUACAAGUUUAUGCUGUCAUUUUGUAAGAUUUUAGCAACAAUAUCCAUGGGUGUUGCUUAGUGGAAUUGUCAAUCUUUUCAUACUCUGCUACAGCAGCAAUACAUGAUUUGAGCAUGAGAAGGUGAACAUAUAUGAAAUUGGAAAAUAAGCCUAUGAUACUUUAAAAAAUUGGUACAGAAUGUGUACAGUACAUGGAAAUCCAAAAUAUAUGAACCAUGACCUUUUCUCAAAUACCUGUCAAUAAGUGACAUAGAAAUGGACAUGUUGAGAUUAUAUAGAAUUUGGAGAAUAACACUGGUUAAUUUAAAAACUAAGCUGGCACACGCACAUACCUAAUGAUUGUAGACCCCUCAUGAAAUAGCCUGUAGUGCAAUAAAAUGCUGAGUUCUUGA